UCACCUGCCUCUGAGUUGGCCACGGGUGGGGGCCGGGGUGUUACUUGGGUUCCCAGGUUGGAAGAUUAUCUCACCCAGCCCUCGCUAUAUAAGCUGACCGGGGUGGAGGGGCUCAGCAGGGCCGACUCAAGGGACUCAUUCCACGGGGGAAUAGACACACAGACAGACCGAACCUCAGGCAGACAUGAUGGUGAUGAAGGUAGAGGAGCUGGUUACGGGGAAGAAGAACAACAGCGGAGAGACUGGGGAGUUCCUUCCCGAGGAUUUCAGAGAUGGGGAGUAUGAAGCUGCUGUUACUGUAGAGAAACAAGAGGACCUGAAAACACUUCCGGCCCACUCCCUGAGCCUGGGGGAACAGCAGUGGAAGAUUGAGAAAGAGCGAGAGGCAGAGCUCAAGAAGAAAAAACUAGAACAAAGAUCAAAGCUUGAAAAUUUAGAAGACCUUGAAAUAAUCAUUCAGCUGAAGAAAAGGAAAAAAUACAGGAAGACUAAAGUUUCGGUCGUGAAGGAACCUGAACCUGAAAUCAUUACAGAACCUGUGGAUGUACCUAGGUUCCUGAAGGCUGCCCUGGAGAAUAAGCUGCCAGUAGUAGAAAAAUUCUUGUCAGACAAGAACAAUCCAGAUGUCUGUGAUGAGUAUAAACGGACAGCCCUUCACAGAGCCUGCUUAGAAGGACACUUGGCAAUUGUGGAGAAGUUAAUGGAAGCUGGAGCCCAGAUCGAAUUCCGUGAUAUGCUUGAAUCCACAGCCAUCCACUGGGCAAGCCGUGGAGGAAACCUGGAGGUCUUAAAAUUGCUGCUGAACAAAGGAGCAAAAAUCAGUGCUCGGGAUAAGUUGCUCAGCACAGCACUGCACGUGGCGGUAAGGACCGGUCACUACGAGUGUGCAGAGCAUCUCAUCGCCUGUGAGGCGGACCUCAACGCCAAAGACCGAGAAGGAGAUACCCCUCUGCACGAUGCCGUGAGGCUGAACCGUUACAAGAUGAUCAGACUCCUAAUUAUGUACGGGGCUGACCUCAACAUCAAGAAUUGUGCUGGGAAGACCCCGAUGGAUCUGGUGCUACACUGGCAGAAUGGAACCAAAGCAAUAUUUGACAGCCUCAAGGAGAACUCCUACAAAACCUGUCGCCUGGCCUCCUUCUGAAGGAAACCACGCCUCUUUCAUCGGUGUUCACUGGCAUUUUGAGGGCACGGCCCCAAAGAAGAGCAACUAGUCAUAAAACCCAGCUUCUAUCCACCUGUUGUAAAGCUGCACCUAAUGAGGUUUUGAGAGAGCACGGGGCUAGAGGUAUAGACAUGUCCCUUAGUGAAGCACACUCUAUUUUUAUUUGUUCCUGGGUAUUUAUUUAUUUACUUCAACACCGCUGAUACUCAGAUCCUUCACAAUCAUCCAUUUGGUGAGCAAAGCUUCAUUUGUAUAGAACACUUCAGAUCCUUCCGGCAGAUCUUGAACCAUGUUAACGAGCAAUGUGGUCAGUGUCUACUUAUGUGCGCCUCGCUCGUGGAAGCUAUUUCAAGGUGUUUUUAAAAGACAGGGGUGAUUAUUGCAGCCCUCUUUUCUCCUGAAUUUUCAAUGCUGAAGUUCGAGGCAACGGAAGGCACGCCGUGACAGGAAAGGAAACCGUAGAAUGAAAGGGAUUCUGUGAGAAGGACGGUAAAGCCAAUUGUUUUAUGCCUGGGUCUGGUAUUUCUUACCAAGUCACAUGUGGUACCAAGGUGAAGAGAAUGUUGUGAGUGUAAGGGGCGGGGUGUAGUGGCGGGAGUGGACCGCUGGGCCGUGCAGAGUUGAAUCUGCUCGAAAAAGAUGAAAGGGACUGCGAAGUGUAAAUGUGUAAAUGUAUAUUAUGUUGUAUGUCUAUUUUAUAUUCAUAAUAAAAGCAAAUUCUGAACCUCUAA